AUGGAGAACUCCAACGUGCCACUGAACCACUCAACCGCCCGUGAGGAGACCGAGGGGAAAACAUACGAGUACAUCCACCCGGAUCGCCACCACAUCAAGAGCGACAAUGAAAGCGCCAGGACUGCCUCAGUCUAUGGUGAGACUACACGCAACCCUGAGUACGUCAAUGAGAAGGGUGCCAGCCAAGUCAAGGGCGGUAUCGCCGUUCAACGGGCCGAGGCCGAGUUCGCUCAAUUGUCCAAGGAGCUAUCGCGCACGAGUGGCAUCUCACGCCGCAUGAGCCGUGUACAGAGUCACAGCCACAAGGCCCACACUACCACCGACGUCGAAAAGGCUGUCGAUGGGUCCAGCGUCUCGUCUGAAGAGGCUUUUGACCUGGAGAAGACAUUGCGCGGUAACCGCGAUGAGGAAGAGGCUGCAGGAAUCAAGUCCAAGCGCAUUGGCGUUGUGUGGGAUGGUCUGACUGUUAGCGGUAUUGGUGGCGUGAAGAACUAUGUCAAGACUUUUCCUGAUUCAUUCGUUUCUUUCUUCAAUGUCUUCGCGACUGCUCAGAGCUUACUGGGCCUUGGCAAGAAGGGCAAGGAGUUUGAUAUCUUGAAGGACUUCAAGGGUGUACUCAAGCCCGGUGAGAUGUGCUUGGUCCUCGGUCGUCCCGGCAGCGGUUGCACUACUUUCCUCAAGGUUAUCAGUAACCAGCGAUUUGGGUACACCAAAAUCGACGGCAACGUUCUAUACGGUCCUUUCGAGUCGCACUUCUUCGAGAAGCGGUAUCGUGGUGAAGCAGUCUACUGUGAGGAAGACGAGAAUCACCACCCUACUCUUACUGUCGGCCAGACACUCGACUUCGCUCUUGAGACAAAGGUUCCUGGCAAGCGCCCAGCUGGUCUAUCGCGGCAAGCCUUCAAGGAAAAGGUCAUCGACAUGAUGCUGAAGAUGUUCAACAUUGAACACACCAAAAACACCGUUGUCGGUAACCCUUUCGUUCGUGGUGUAUCGGGUGGCGAGCGGAAGCGUGUCUCCAUCGCAGAGACCAUGAUCACGGGUGCAUCACUCAUGUCCUGGGACAACUCCACCCGUGGACUCGAUGCUUCCACGGCUGUCGACUACGCACGAUCGUUACGCACGCUCACCAACAUUUACAAGACAACCACGUUUGUUUCGCUUUACCAGGCUUCUGAGAAUAUUUACAAAUGCUUUGACAAAGUCUUGGUCAUUGACAGUGGACGUCAAGUUUACUUCGGUCCCGCUGACGAAGCGCGAGCCUACUUUGAGGGUCUCGGAUUCCUCGAGAAGCCUCGCCAGACCACACCCGAUUACCUGACGGGCUGUACCGAUAUAUUUGAACGAGAGUACAAGGUUGGCCGAGAUGAGACCAAUGUCCCAUCCACCCCCGAAGCUCUCGCCGAGGCGUUCAACAAGUCCGAAGUAGCCUCUCGACUAGCAACAGAGAUGUCCCAGUACCACGCUUCCAUGGAAGAGGAGAAGCACGUCUACGAUGACUUCCAGAUCGCUGUCAAGGAGGGUAAGCGUCACGCCUCGAACAAGUCGGUUUACUCGAUCCCAUUCCACCUUCAGGUCUGGGCUCUGGCUAAGCGGCAAUUCUUGCUCAAGUGGCAGGACAAGUUCUCUCUCGUUGUUUCCUGGUUCACAUCCCUUGUCGUCGCCAUCAUCAUCGGUACUGUCUGGCUCGAUCUCCCGGACACCUCUGCUGGCGCCUUCACCCGUGGUGGUGUCCUGUUCAUUGCUCUUCUGUUCAACGCUUUCCAGGCCUUCUCUGAGCUCGGAAGUACUAUGUUGGGUCGUCCGAUUGUCAACAAGCACCGUGCAUUCACCUUUCACCGACCUUCCGCCCUAUGGAUUGCACAAAUUGGAGUGGAUCUCGUUUUCGCCGCCGCUCAGAUCAUGGUUUUCUCCAUCAUUGUGUACUUCAUGACAGGUCUAGCUAGAGAUGCUGGUGCAUUCUUCACCUUCUUCCUUAUGAUCACAACGGGAUAUCUCGCCAUGACGCUGUUCUUCCGAACUGUAGGCUGUCUAUGUCCUGAUUUUGAUGUGGCUAUCCGUCUCGCCGCGGCCAUCAUCACCCUUUUUGUGCUGACUUCCGGAUACUUGAUCCAGUGGCAGUCUGAGCAAGUCUGGUUGCGAUGGAUCUUCUACAUCAAUGCACUCGGCCUUGGCUUUGCCGCUCUGAUGCUUAACGAGUUUUCUCGAGUCGACUUGACUUGCGCUGAUACUUCGCUUGUUCCCUCCGGUCCAGGCUACACCGAUAUCAACGCUCAAGUCUGCACGCUUCCAGGUUCUGUUGCUGGCUCGUACAUCGUCCGCGGUCGUGACUACGUUUCGUCAUCGUUCUCUUGGCACGUUGGUGACCUGUGGAUGUACUGGGGAAUCUGCGUUGCCUUGAUUAUUGGCUUCCUUUUUGCCAACGCUUUUCUCGGAGAGUUUGUCAAAUGGGGUGCUGGAGGCCGUACUGUUACCUUCUUCGUCAAGGAAGACCAGGAAUUGCAGGAGCUGAACACCAAACUCCGCGAAAAAAAGGACAGGCGUAACCGCAAGCAAGAGGGUGCAGAUGACAGCUCCGAGCUUAACAUCGCCUCAAAGGCCAUUCUGACCUGGGAAGAUCUCACAUACGACGUGCCCGUUCCAUCUGGCGAGCUUCGGUUGCUCAAGCACAUCUAUGGAUACGUCAAACCUGGCCAACUCACAGCGCUCAUGGGCGCUUCAGGUGCAGGAAAGACUACGCUUCUCGACGUGCUCGCAAACCGCAAGAAUAUUGGUGUCAUUGGUGGUGACAAGCUCAUCGACGGCAAGCCUCCUGGUGUUUCCUUCCAGCGUGGAACUGCGUACGCCGAACAGCUUGACGUCCAUGAACCCGCCGCAACCGUGCGAGAGGCCCUCCGGUUUUCUGCCAAUCUCCGCCAGCCAUACGAAACACCACAAGCUGAGAAGUACGCCUACGUCGAAGAAGUCAUUGCUCUCUUGGAGAUGGAGGACAUUGCCGAUGCUAUCAUUGGCGAUCCUGAGACUGGUCUUGCUGUUGAGCAGCGCAAACGUGUGACAAUCGGUGUUGAACUCGCAGCCAAGCCUGAGUUACUCCUCUUUCUUGACGAACCCACGUCCGGUCUCGACUCUCAGAGUGCAUUUAACAUCGUUCGUUUCCUCCGUAAACUGGCUGCCGCCGGUCAGGCCAUUUUGUGUACCAUUCAUCAGCCGAACUCUGCCCUUUUCGAGAACUUCGAUCGUCUCCUGCUUCUCCAGCGUGGUGGCCAGUGUGUUUACUUCGGUGACAUUGGCAAGGAUGCUCACGUUCUUCUCGAGUACUUCCACCGCCACGGUGCUGAUUGCCCGCCCGCUGCCAACCCGGCCGAAUGGAUGCUUGACGCUGUAGGCGCUGGUUCUGCUCCCCGCAUUGGCGACAAGGACUGGGCUGAUGUCUGGACUGACUCUGAAGAAUUCGCACAGGUCAAGCGUGAUAUCAUCUCCAUGAAGGAGCAGCGUCUACAGGAAGUCGGGUCUGCCGAGCCUGUCGAGCAGAAGGAGUACGCCACACCUCUGAUGUUCCAAAUCAAGUUGGUGAACAAGCGCAUGAACCUCUCCUUCUGGCGAACACCCAACUACGGCUUUACCCGUUUCUUCAAUCACGUCAUUAUCGCCCUAUUGACAGGUUUGAUGUACUUGCAGGUUGACGACUCGCGUGCCUCGCUGCAAUACCGCGUCUUCAUCAUCUUCCAAGUCACCGUUCUCCCGGCCCUCAUUCUUGCCCAGGUCGAACCCAAGUACGCCAUUGCUCGUAUGAUCUCCUUCCGCGAGCAGAUGUCCAAGGCGUAUACGACUUUCCCCUUCGCUCUCUCCAUGGUUGUCGCCGAGAUGCCUUACAGCAUCAUUUGCUCUGUCGCCUUCUUCGUUCCCCUGUACUACAUCCCUGGCCUCAACUCUGAGUCGUCCCGCGCAGGAUACCAAUUCUUCAUUGUUCUGGUCACCGAGAUCUUCUCAGUCACCCUCGGUCAGGCCAUCGCCGCACUUACUCCCUCGCCCUUCAUUGCGGCUUACGUCAACCCUUUCAUCGUCAUCAUCUUCGCCCUCUUCUGCGGUGUAACGAUCCCCAAGCCCCAGAUCCCCAAAUUCUGGCGCGUCUGGCUUUACGAACUCAACCCCUUUACACGUUUGAUUGGUGGUAUGGUCGUCACUGAACUCCACAACCUGCCCGUUAAGUGCACCUCGAGCGAAUUCAAUCAAUUCCGUGCUCCAGACGGCCAGACUUGUGGAGAGUACAUGAGCGAUUUCUUCGCCAACGGCGCGCCUGGGUACCUCCUCGAUGAGGCCGCCAACCUUUGCAAUUACUGCGCCUACAAGGUUGGUGACGAGUUCUUCAUCCCGCUCGGCUACUCGUUCGACAACAGGUGGAGAGACCUUGGCAUUUUCAUCGCUUUCAUCUUCAGCAACUUGGCCAUUUUGUUUGUGGCUGCCAAAUUCCUGAACUUCAACCGUCGUUAA